AUGUGCAUUCAGAGACAUUCACAAACGCGAGCCGGUGAAGAGGAUUCAUUCUGGUUCCUGCUACUCAAGGCUCCAGGGUCUAUACAUGACAGUGAGGGGGGAAGAGCGCACACUCCAUCCAACGGAUUUGGAGGUCUUUCUUCGAUGUUUCACUGCCUACGAGCCCUUUGGGCGCUCGUGCGCCAGCAAAUUGCUUUGCUUCGUCUGGCCGCCCAGCAAACGACCGCCGCUUGGAUGCCGCCAGUGCAUUUAGCCUCUGUCUAA